CCUUUUCUUCUCCUUUUUUCAUUUCCUCUCCACAGACCCUAUUUUCUUUUGUUUUUGUUUUCUGUAAAAAACUUGUCCUUUCUUUCAAUCAAUGGAUAAUCAACAACAUCAAAAACUCGCCCAUACACAGUCAGAUCACCACCAUGGAGUUCAUAUUUGUCACAAAUGUGGAUGGCCGUACCCAAACUCACACCCAAGUGCGAAACACAGACGUGCUCACAAGAGGAUCUGUGGAAAGGUUGAAGGUUACAAGCUUGGUGACUUUGAAGGAAGCGCACAUUCCAAUGUUUCUGAUGAUGAUGAGCACCUAUCUGAUGAAGAUCACAAGAACCCCAGUCGUCAAGUCUUGGGAGCAAGUAGUCAUGAGAAGGGCAGUGGUGGAACCAAGGAAUUUCCGUGUGGAUCGAAAGAUGAGGCGUUUUCUGAUGCUGCCGCAGAAUUUUUAGAUGGCGGAGAUGGUGGCAGAACACAAGGGCGUGCAGAGGAUGCUGGAGAAUCAGCAACGAAUGUGGAAAAGAAUUUAAAGACUGAAUCAGAUAUGGCACAAUCCGUUGAGCGUGGUCCAGUUGCUGACACUGUUAAACCUCUGGGCAGUUCACGUGAAAAGCAGCAUUCUGAAAUUCCAGAGACUACAAGUAAAAGAUCAGGGUAUGCAUCAGAGUUGCCAGGAUCUUCAGCAAGCUUCAACUCCAAUCGUAUGGUUGGUGCUUUUUCGGAUCGUCAAACUGAAGGUUUAGCUGUUUUGCUUGAUGGCAAUAGAAAUGCUUCAGUAGAUGACUUGCACCCUAUCAAAUCUGAAACUCUUGAAGAUGCGUCACCCGAGAAUCAGAAGACCAACACUGUCGAUGAUGUUGUUGAUCGCUCUUUGAAGUUGGCUGAACAGCGGUCUAAUCUGGAGGGACAGAAAGAAACUUAUUUUGAUAGCAAGGAAGAUGUUGUUGGUGGCUCUUUGAAGUCAGCCGAACAGUGGACCAAUCUGGAGGGGCGGAAAGAAACUUAUUUUGAUAGCAAGGGUGAUGUUGUGGGCUCUUUGAAGUUGGCCAAACAGCAGACCAAUCUGGAGGGACAGAAAGAAACUUAUUUUGAUAGCAAACACGAUGUUGUUCGUGGCUCUUUGAAGUUGGCCGAAGAGCGAACCAAUCUGGAGGGGCAGAAAGAAACUUAUUUUGAUAGCAACGACGAUGUUGUUGGUGGCUCUUUGAAGUUGGCCGAACAGCGGACCAAUCGGGAGGGACAGAAUGAAACAUAUUUUGAUAGCAAGGAAAUGGCCGGACAGCGAACCAAUCUGGAGGGACAGAAAGAAACUUAUUUUGAUAGCAGCGAUGAUGUUGUUGAUAGCUCUUUGAAGUUGGUCGAACAGCGGACCAAUCUUGAGGGACAGAAAGAAACUUAUUCUGAUAGCAAGGAUGGAGUUGAUGGCUCUUUGAAGUCGGCCAAACAGCGGACCAAUCUGGAGGGACAGAAAGAAACUUAUUUUGAUAGCAAACACGAUGUUGUUGGUGGCUCUUUGAAGUUGGCCGAACAGCGAACCAAUCUAGAGGGGCAGAAAGAAACUUAUUUUGAUAGCAGCAACGAUGUUGUUGGUGGCUCUUUGAAGUUGGCCGAACAGCGGACCAAUCUGGAGGGACAGAAAGAAACGUAUUUUGAUAGCAAGGAAAUGGCCGGAAUGCUAAGCAAUCCGGAGGGACAGAAAGAAACUUAUUUUGAUAGCAAUACUGUUGAUGAUGUCGUUGAUGGCUCUUUGAAGUUGGCCGAACAGCAGACCAAACUGGAGGGACAGAAAGAAACUUAUUUUGAUAGCAAUUUACAGGAUAUUAAGACACCACCCAGUAAGUUAGAUGGCGAGACAGAUGAGGCCAUUUCAAAGUCGGACGAAACUCUUAAAGUAAAUUCAGAAUCUUCACGACCUAAGCCGGACGAUGGUAAUCUUCAAUUGCAGGAAGAGCAUAGUGACGGGUUCCAUUUGAAAACUUCCAAAAGUAAUGUUUCUCUUGAAGUAGAAUCUGUUGAACUUGUGAAUGCUCUCAAUGAUAUGGCUGAAAAAACGGUGGAGAUUGCAGGACCAGACUUUGUAGAUUUUGAUGACGUAGCUAAGAAGAAGGGAGGAGUCGAUGCAAAUUUACAUUCGCUUUCUGUACCAGAUGAUAUACAUGAAGUUGACAAUCUCAAGAUCGUGCUUCAGGAUUUCAAAGACCAUGAAGUAAUGAAAUUAGAUCAAUCUGCCACCUUAGAAUCCAAACAGACUAAAGAUAAGGGGGAUGAGAGUCAUGGUUUUGUUUUUGAGGAGAGUAGUCAGUCUAACCAGAGUGAAGGGAUUGUGCUUUCUUCUUCCGAUAAGCAUGUUUUAAAAGAUAGCGUUCAACUGGAUCAGGGGAGCAGCGGGCGAAUUGUCAAAGAAGUGCUUGUUGAAGGGGAUGCUGAUGUGUCUCAGCUUGUGGUCAAGACUACUGAGGACCAGAGAUCCAAUGAAAUAGGAGCCGCUGUGGAAAAAACCUUUUCAGUCUCCUCUACCGAAGAACAGGGAUCUCAUGAUAUUUGCAGAAACACUUUACGGGGAAAUGUUUCAAGAAAUUUUGACAAUGCAGUACCUGAUGCGGAUUUGGGGAUUGCUUCGGACCAUGCGGGAACAGUUCCAGAAACCCGCUUAGUCAAUGAGAACAGUUCCGAGAAAGAUGAGAAAUUUGAUUUGUCUGGAGAUCACAACAACAAAAGAGCCAGAGAGGUUGACUAUGCUGAGAAUCCUGUAACUGCUGCUGAAGGUACUGGUAGUGGAUUUGACUUCCAAGUUAAUCCAGCAACCUACUUACAGGAAGGAGAUAAUGCUGGGAACUCUCUGAAUAUUGAAGGUGAAAAGGCUGAUGCAACUCAAAAUGAUGAUACUGAUGCUGCUGCUCGUCCUGUGAAGAAUGAAACCGGAUUUGACAGGAAAAUUUCUUCAAAGGAUAGUAGCUUGGAGCACCCUGUUCCUGUAGUUGCUCCUGGAUCUGCUAAGAAUCUCUCUGAAGUCAAAAUUAAUCCAGAAGCGAUCGUAUGGGAAGGACACACUGCUCGUAAUUUUUAUAACAUUGAGACUAAAACGGACAAAAUAACUGGAGAUGCUCGUGAUGCUGCUGCUGGUUUUAUGAAGGAUGAAAGUGGAAAUGACAACAGCAAUACUCCUUCGAAGGAAAGUUGCUUGGAACAACCUGUGCUUACUUCUGUAGCUGCCAAGAACCUUGCUGAAGUCGAAAUUAAUCUGGAAACCAACUUACGAGGAGACACCGCUGGUAAUUUUGAUGAGGUUGAGACCAAAAAGGAUAAAAUAACUCGAGAUCCUGGUGAUGUGAAGGAUGAAACCGGAGUUGACAAUGAUAGUAGUCCCUUAAAGGAUAGUCGCUCAGAGCUUCCUGCAGUUAUUCCUGAAUCUUCUAAGAAGCUUGUUGAAGUCGAAAUUAAUCCGGAAUCAGACAUACGUGAAGGAGACACUGCAGGUAAUUUUGAUGAGGUUGAGACCAAAAAUGACGAAAUAAGUGGAGAUUGUCGUGAUGCUGCUGCUCUUGAUGCGAAGUAUGAAACUGGAGUUGACAAUAGCAAUAGGCCUUCAAAGGAAAUUUUCUCAGUGGAUCCUGUAAGCAUUACUCCUGAAUCUGUGAAGAACCUCGCUGAAGUCAAAAUUAAUUGUGAGACCAAUUUACAGGAAGGAGACUCCGCUGGCAAGUUUGAUAAGGUUGAGGCCAAAAAGGAAGAAAUAAUUGAAGAUGCUUGUGAUGCCGCUUCUUAUGAUGCAAAGGAUGUAACUGAAAUUGACCAUGGAAAUAGUAUCUCAAAGGAAAGUUGCUUGGAGAACCGUGUAGUUUUUCCUGAAGCUGCUACGAACAUUGCUGAAGUUGAAAUUAAUUCAAAAACCAACUUACGGGAAGGAGAUGAUGCCGGCAAGUUUGAUAAGGUUGAGGCCAAAAAGGAAGAAAUAAGUGGAGAUCCUCAUGAUGCUGCUGCUCGUGAUGCGAAGGAUGAAUUUGGAGUUGACAAUGACAACAGUCCCUCAAAGGAAAGUCGCUCAGAGUACCCUGCAGUUACUCCUGGAUCUGUUAAGAACCUUGCUGAAGUCGAAAUCAAUUUGGAAACCAACUUACAGGAAGGAGUUACUGCUGGCACAAUCGAUAAGGUGGAGGCCAAAAAGGAUUGUAUAACUACAGGUGCUUGUGAUUUGAAGGGUGAAACUGGAGUUGACAACAACAAUAGUCCUUCAAAGGAAAUUUGCUUAGAGCAUCAUGUGCUUGCUCCUGAAUCUGCCAAGGCUCUCCUUGAAGUCGGGAUUAAUCCAGUAGCUGACUUACAAGAAGGAGACACUGCUGGUAGUUUCGAUAAGGUUGAGACCAUAAAGGAUAAUAUACUUGGAGAUGCUUGUGAUGCGAAGGAUGAAACUGGAGUUGCCAACAGCGAUAGUCACUCACGGGAAAGUCGCUCAGAGCAUCCUGUAGUCACUCCCGAAUCUGCUAAGAUUCUUUCUGAAGUCGAGAUUAAUCUAGUAACUGGCUUACGGGAAGGAGACACUGCUGGUACAUUUGAUAAGGUUGAGACCAAAAAGGAUGAUAUAACUGGAGAUGCUUAUGAUGAUACUGCUGGUCACGUGAAAGAUGAACUUGGAGUUGACAAUAUUGUUGAUCCUACAAAGAAGAGUCUUACAAAGCACCCUGUAGUUACUCUUGAAUCUGCUAGGAUUGUCUCUGACCUUGAAGUUAAUCCUGAAAGCAACUUACAGGAGGAAAAGACUGCUGGUAAUUUUGAGAAGGUUGAGACCAAAAAGGAUGAUACAAUCGCAGAUUCUUGUGAUGCUGCUGCGGAUCAUGUGAAAGUUGAAAUUGGAGGUGAUAAUAGCUUUGGUCCUACAAAGGAAAGUGGCCCAGGGAAUGCUGUAGUCGCUCAUGAAUUUGCUAGCCAGCUCUUGGAACUCUAUGUUAAUCCAGCUACCAACUCACAGGAAGGUAAUGAUACCUUUGAUCCUGAGAAGGGUAGAACUGAGAAGCUUGUUGAACAUGGAACUGAAGGCAAGGAUAGUUCUGUAGAGGAGAAUCUGCCAGUGCAACUGAAAACUGUCCCAGAAUCUGCUAGCCAUCCUCGAGAAUGCCAAACUGUUGCAGAGGACGUGCUAGUUAGGCCUAUGGAAAAGUUACAGGAAACUGGGUGCACAUAUGUAGAUGGUGCUUUUGAUUCAAGCAAAUUAGAUGAUGACGUGGUGAGAGAUAUUCAGAUAGAAUCAGUAGAUGAUAAACUCGACGAAAAUUUCAAAGUACAGAUCGAACUCAUAGUCAAUACCGCCACUCAAUCAAAUUGUGAGAGAGAAUUGAGACCAUUGCUAUAUACUGUGGAUAACCAUGAAAAAGAAACAACUCUUUCUCCUGCAGUCGAGGAUAACUUCGCUAGAGAGUUUGAUGCAGGUUCUGGGAGGGGUUCUGAAUCGUUUCAAAGGGAAAGUGAUAGACAACAGUUUGGUGAUUCUACACAUGGUAUGUCGGUUGACUCUGGUAGCCAAACUGACAGUCUUGAAAACAACUGGGGAUCUGUUUCAGUGAUUUCCAUCCAAUCAGACGCGCAAGCUGUUAUAGAUGUUGAUACUGUACAGCCAAUCGAAUCCCAACCGGUAAUAGGAGAGAGGGGUAACUCAAAGGAGUCAAAACCCGCUUCUGGAAGACAAUAUCCUGAUAAGUCGGAUAUGUUUGAGCCACCGUCUUUCAUGACUUUGGUUGAAUCUGGAGGGGAAAAUGACAAAAAAGCUAAGGCUGAUGAAAUCCAAACAAAAUCUUCAACCGUGCAAGCGGGGUGGUUCCCUUCGAUUGCACACGUCGUGAAUGAAUCGCAAGGGAGAAAGAAGAAUGAGCAGAAAAUUGCAAAGGUAACAAACUGGAGCACUGGUAAGCCACACUCUCCUUUGAAAAACCUCUUGGGUGAAGCCUCUCUUGAGACCAGAGCAAAGUCGCCAAAACGGAAAGAUCGAGCUCCUUCGCCUCAGAAAGACGACAAAGCAGCGUCAACAGUCAGCUCCAUUCCGGCUCCUGAACCGCCCUUAGAUCAGGCUGCUAACAGAGAGACUGGAAAUGAAUGGAAUUCACCAGCAAGGUAUCCUACAGAGAUUAAGAGAGAGAAAAGAAAACCAAAAGGUAGACCAUACUGGGCACAGUUUAUGUGUUGCUCAUCUGUUCAUUAAAUUCGUCAAAUGGUUGAAUCUCGAGAAAGAAGGUGGAUAUGUACUGUUCGUAUUGACUCUCACUCUGGUAAAGUUAAAGAUUAUGAUGCAAAAUCUAGUUUUUGUGCUGGUAGUUAUUUAUUUAUUUUUUUUUUCCUACUAUUAAAUACAGGUACAUAGAAUAAAGAUGUUUCGAUAUGGUUUGUAAAUUUUAUGGUCUCUAUUAUUCGUGCAGGCCCUUGGUUUGUAUAUGUAUGGGCUCUUUACUCAAUUGCAGAGAUGUUUUUAUAGUAUUCACUAUUUAGUAGAUCCAUCUAUCUGUUUUCUCAAGGAGAGAGCCAAAGGAUCUAUACUUUGUGGUUUCGAUAAGAUGCUAUUAUAUCUUGGAUUAGGUUGCUGGAAGUCUUGUUGA